CCUAAACUCUAAAACUCGCGCGACCAUGUGUUGUUGUUGUUGAUAUACGAAACGUUAGCCCGUGUUAGCCAAAUGUUAAUGCAUCAUGGUCAAGUGAGGGAUUCGCUAUGAUAGCUGGCAGUGACAUGCGAACCACUGCUUAGAAUCUUCCUUCGGCGGACGAUAUUUUGUCUUACAUGACGUUAACGCUACAGUGAUAGUUUUCUCCGUAAAGAGUGAGAGCAAGUGGUGCUAACCUAACGUCAACUGAUAUAGCUAGCUUACGUUAACGUUGUCUAUUAGCGUGGGUUGUCUGUUUAGCACAACAAGCAAGUCGGUAAACAGGUUAAGGCAAAGUUUAGAUUUCCAUUUGAUUGUAAAUGUCUAACGCCACAGAAGUUACCUUACCGCCCGAAUGGGACGACGAUGAGCGGAUGAAUUUUAUGUUCUCGGACUUCAAUGAGAACCGAGAUGUCAACACGACGGACUGGGACAGUAAGAUGGACUUCUGGACGGCUCUGAUUCUAAAAGGCUGCAGGGACCGAGGCACCGUGUGUGUCAGUCUGCAGGAGCUGAACAAGACCUUUAGGAGGAAAGGAAAAUCACCGCUGGGCUUGGCGACUGUCAUCCAGUCCAUGGCCAGGUGUGGGAAGCUCCAGAGGGAGUCAGAGUUUGCUGCCAAUGUGGACUGUGGCUGGCUGUCCUGGGGUGUUGGCCUGCUGCUGGUAAAGCCUCUGAAAUGGACCUUCUCCACUCUUCUGGGAAGCAGCCAGGUGCCUUUGGAGGAGUCUUUCGUUGUCAUUGAACUAGUGAAGGAGAAAGCAACGGAGUUACUCAAGGUGUACCGGAGCAGUGAAUUUGCGAGCCGCUCCAUCCUGUCAUUUCAAGAGCUGUGCACUCUCUCCUCUGAUGUCUGUGCUGAUGAGAGCACCCUGUGCAUGGCUCUGCUGCAGCUGCAGAGGGACAAGCAAGUGACGGUUUCAUUGCACGAUGGUGAGAAGAUUGUCAAGUUUUGUCAGACUGGGCAAGCUCAAGUUUCCCUCGUCAGCGAUGUGGAUAUGGGGAUUUACCAGCUGCAGCGGAGUGAGAAGCUGCUGGAGGAGCGGGUGGAGAAACUUGGCCUUGAGGCUGACAAGUGCAAGGAGGAAGCAAGGGUUCUGCUCCGGGAAGGGAAGAAAUCACAGGCACUGAGGUGUUUAAGAGGUCGCAAAAGGGUAGAAAAGAGAGCCGACAGUUUGUUUGCCAAACUGGAGUCCAUCAGAGGAAUCCUGGAUAGAAUUGCCCAGUCACAGACUGAUAAGACGGUUAUUCAAGCCUACCAGGCCGGGGUAUCAGCCCUGAGACUCUCUCUUAAGGAUGUGACUGUGGAACACGCCGAGAGCCUCGUGGAUCAAAUCCAGGAGUUAUGUGACACUCAAGAUGAGGUGAACCAAACUAUAUCCAGUGGCGUGAGCAGCGCAGAUGCAGACAUAGAUGAGUUGGAGGAGGAACUGAAAUCUUUGUUGGACGAGUCAAAGCCAGAUUCCGUCUCUGGUUUACCUGAAGUUCCAACAAAAGGUCUGCAAGCCUCGGGGGAGCCGGGCCUCCCUGGUACUGACCUGCUCAGUUCUCUGCCUGCAGUACCUUACACACACCUGGAUAUUACCGCUGAGCAGCUGGAGGAAGAAUUAAAUCAGCUAACACUUAAUGAUUCAGGCUUUCAAAAGGAGAAGAGGACGUCGCCUGCCAAGAAACUAGAGUCUGCACAGUGAUGGCACAAGCAAAACAUGGCAAGUUUGAAGCUCUGCAUCCACAUAUCAAAGUGCAUCGGUUAAACAUUUUCUUUGAGCUGGAGUUCAUAUAAGGUAAAUAAAGUACUAAGGAACUACAGUACAUUAGCAAUUGCCAAAUCAUCAUAUUGUAAGAGUUAGAAAAUCACUAUCAGGGUGACAACAAGGCACUUUCCUUCAAUAAUGAAAAUAAAAAUGCCUUUAUUUUGGAGGCGUGUCAAAGAGGAUUUAAAAAAAAAAAUGAACGUGCUUUUCAACUUGAAGCUUUUAGAUCUACUCUGCCAUCGGGAUCUGAAAGAUCUCUAGGGAAGAGUGAACAUUUUAGCAUUUUAAGUUAUGCUCUUUGGUAUGCCGCCACUAGGAAUGCUUUUAAUUUUGUGGUAUGUUUUGACGAGAGUGUAAACAAGUAUAUUUGUCAUUUGCAGUGUGUGUUUAUUGAUGUCCAUCAUUGAUAGUCAUGUAAAGUGUAAAGUGGCCUUUUGAACUGUAAAUGGGAAACUGAAAGUAAAGUGAAUAUUAUGCCAAA